ACCUGCACCAGCCUAUACCAACCAAAGGCAGAAAAGUCAUGGGUAAGAAGACUCGCGCUAAUCCUUGUACCACUUCAGGACCAGUAGCUACAUCUUCGUAUCGGUUCCCUCCCAUUCGGGCCAAAGAGGGUCUACAAUGUAAUGUGCUGUUACAGGACCAGAUAAUUGUGGUCGACGAAUUCUUCUCACCCGAAGAGUGUAAAACCUUCGUAAAGUUCAUUGACAGCUUACCUCUCGAACUUACUCCGCCCAAGAAACGCGGAGAAGCGGAACGAGUGAAUUACAGAAUAUCUAUAGUAUCGCCCGAAUUUGCGCGAACUCUGCAUGAUGUGUUGAGACCACACUUGCCGACGUUCCCUUAUCCUGCUUCUAUCAGGCGAUCAACCAAUACCGACCGUGCGCCGCAUUCCCUGAAUACCAAUAUCCGCAUGUACAAGUAUACACCCGGACAGCACUUUGGUGCUCAUUAUGACGACUCUGUUCGAGAUCCCCUUACUGGCGCCAAGUCAGAAUGGACACUGCUGGUUUAUCUCUCUGGUGCUGAAGAUGGUGUACAAGGCGGAGAAACUGUAUUCUAUCGGGAUCAGAGGGGCAAACCUCGCGAAGUGAUUACGGCCCCUCUAACGCGAGGCUCUGCGCUCUUACAUCGCCAUGGAAACGAAUGUCUACUUCAUGAGGGAUCACCAGUUCUCGCUGGCACGAAAUAUAUCCUGCGUUCUGACCUGAUGUUCAUGAAUUAAUAUCAUGAUAGAGGUAACACGGACGUAUUACCUCCUACCCUUACUCUUCUUCUUUGGCAUACCCGCUUCUACCACAUCAUCGUCCCUAUCGACAUCAUCUCUCCCACCACCAUCCUCUCGUCGUCUCUUCCUCCCAGGCUUAUUCAUGCUUUGCUCCUUCAUCUCGUUAGUCGCUACUCGCCCAGCUUCAUCUACACGUUCUCGCAACAAUGCAACUUCCUCUGCGUCUAUCGGCCAAGUCUCCAUCUGCUUUCCAGUGACCUUUUCAAUCCUUUGAAUGAGUUCUACAUCGUAUUGCGUCACCAAUGUUAUCGCCUUUCCAGAACGACCCGCUCGUGCGGUUCGACCGACCCGGUGGAUAUAGUCUUUGGAAUGUGUUGGGACGUCAUAAUUGAUGACCACGUCCACGGAUGGGAUAUCUAGGCCACUGUAUAAUAUUUAGGAUGGUACGUUCAACAUAACAAAAUCCCGAUGACAUACCGACUGGCAACAUCGGUGGCGACCAAGAUCCUCCUGCCUCCACUUUUGAACUUCGCCAACGAACCGAGCCGAGAGCUUUGGCUCAUUUGACCAUGAAGAGGUAUUGCAGCGAAACCCAGUGUGCGUAGCAUGAUUGACACCCUACACAGAAAUUAGCUCCCAUUCUGGUUACUGAGGAAGGGGACGCUUACCUCUGGGCAUCGUGCACUGUUCUAGUGAAGAUAAUGAUAGAAUGUUGGGCAAGGGUAUUGGCGAUAUAAAUCAAAUGUACAUCCUUUUGACUCAAUGGAAUGAAGAGAUAGUAUUGCAAC